AUGAGCUCCCCAAACGGCACGGCAGUUCCACCCGACAUGAAAAUCACCGUAAACCCGCAACGUGCAUCCGUCCUCUUACAAAAUCUCUCCUCCGUCCGACAACGCGUCCAUGGGGCGUGGUGCUCCUCCUUCCCGCCAGACACAAGCCCCUCCGCGCCUGCUACUGUGCCCGUCCGGAUCGUGGCCGUGUCGAAGCUGAAGCCGGCCUCGGAUAUUCUCGCCCUACACUGCCCAGCAGCGUCCGACGAUGGCGUGCCCCUCACAAGCGAGACAUCUAGCGAUUCCUCCAACCCUCCAGCAGCAGCGCAUGCCCAUUUCGGAGAGAACUACGUGCAAGAAUUAGUAGAGAAAUCAAAACUGUUGCCCAAGACGAUCAGAUGGCAUUUCAUUGGCGGGCUGCAAUCGAACAAGUGCGUGCCAGUGGCGAGGGACGUGGACAACCUGUGGGCGGUAGAGAGCGUGGACAGCGAGAAGAAAGCGAAUCUGUUGAACAAGGGCCGGGCGGAGAGGAAUGAGAGACUGAAGAAGGAACAUGGGGAUCGCUGGCAACAGAUCGUGGACGAGAAUGGCCUAGAGGAAAAGUUGAGGGUCUUCAUACAAGUCAAUACAUCCGGCGAAGAGUCCAAGAGCGGGCUGGAUCCAGACUCGCCAGAGCUGUUGUCUCUGGCCAAACUCAUCCGUGAUGAUGGGCGAUGUCCGAACCUGCACCUCCAAGGACUCAUGACCAUCGGUGCUAUCGCUCGGUCGAAAGCGACUACCCCAGAAACGGAAAACGAGGAUUUCAUUACGCUGCGCUCCGCCCGCGAUCGACUUGCCGCAGAUCUUGGUCUACAACACAAAGAUGAGCUAGAGCUCAGUAUGGGCAUGUCGGAAGACUUUGAGAGCGCGGUGAGACUGGGGAGUCGUGAGGUGAGGGUAGGGAGUACGAUAUUUGGGGAGCGGCCGCCAAAAAAAGAUGCUAAAGUGCUAGAGCAGACGGAACAAGAAAAGAGGUGA